GUAAUGCCUUAGAAUAUUCAAAAUGUUAAUAAAAAUUAGUAAAAAUCUGUGAAAAUCAAGGUGACGGUGACGCAUUGUUUAGACCAUAUUUUAUUGGCUGUCACAAAAAGGCAAUUUUGGGCGUUAUUAUGGCCAACACUCUCAGAGACAAUGCUAAGAUUUUAUUUGUAAAGGGGGACACUCUUUGAGGCGAUUCUGCAAAAAAGUAUGACAUUCACACACAUCAAUUGGGUUAUGAAGCAAAUGACCUAAAAUAAUUACCCUAAGAAAAACCAAAAACAAAAAAACGAAACAACUAAAUUGGAAUAUAUUUUUGUUUUUUGAUGAUGGCUUGGACUAUAUAAGCCAUGUAUGUGCUGCAAGAAGUUAUCAAACACAAUAAGAGCUUCUUAACGAAAACAAGCCAUUUGAAGGAAUUUCAAUUAAUCCAAAAAAAUCACAAAAAUGUACAAAUUGUUUAUCCUUGCUGCUUUCUUUGCCCUUGCCGCUGCUCGUCCUGGCUAUGUGGAGGAUCAUCAUUUGGCUUAUCCUGCCCCUCUGGCUACCACCUUAGUUCAUGAACCUGCAUAUGCCCAUGUUGGCUCAGUAGUUAAGAGCAUACCCACCGCUGUCUCCCAUCAAUCCAUCUCUCAGGUGCAUUCAUCCGCUCAUGUUGUGCAGCCAUUGGUAGCCCCCAUCAUUAAAUCUUACUCUGCACCUCUAUUGAAAUCUUAUGCUCCUGUGGCAGCAGUGGCGCCUGUCAUCAAGACCUAUGCCAGUCCCUUAGAUCAUGGCUAUGGUGUGGCACCUCUUUUGGAUUCGGCAUACACCACCUAUUCAACUGGUCCCAUAUUGAAGCCUUAUGGCUCAUAUGGUCAUGAUACUUAUGGUCAUGGAUCCUAUGGUCAUGGUGUUUAUGGCCAUGGCUAUGGUGGAGCCUAUGGCAAAUAUGGAGCAUUUUAAGAAAAACGAAAUCCCAGAGCUGUGAUUAAAAGAUUUUGUACAAUUUUUGAGAAUUUUUUUUUUUAAUUUUAAGCGAUUGUUACGAUUUUAAUAAAUCCACUCAUUUGGCAUAA